UAGAGCUGGUAAAACUUCUCUCAUGUGCCCACAGGACGUGGCAGAGGACCCGGGAGCCGUAGCCAAGAAGGGCUUCCUGACAGUUUUCCUCCAGGGUGUCCUGGCCACCACAAGAUCCUGGCUGUGCACAGUGUUAGCAAAGAGAAUGUUCCGGAAGGGUUCGACUAUCCUUUUCACCUACCCAAGGAGAUCCAGGACUGGCGGCGGCUGGUGGAAAUAAACUUUCCUGCAGAAUAUGGUUGGAAGGAGUCGCUGCUGGGGGACAUGGAAGGGAGGCUCAAUAAGGAGAGGCCCCAUUCCCAGAUCUCUGCCUUCUGUAGCCCUCACUGGGAUGCCGCUGGCCUCAAGGACAGUGUGGCCAAGAGCUUUGAGAAGUGUGUCAUCAAAGCUGUGAGCUCUGCCUGCCAUUCUCAGACUAGUGUCCUGGAGGGAGUCUCUUGUCAUGAUUUGCAGAAAUUUGGCAGCCUCAUGUCUGCUGUGAUCACCAAGUCCUGGCCCAAGAACAACAGAGUGGCCAUGGAAGGCCUGGAUGAGAUUCUUGAACACCUGCUCACGGGGCCAGAUGUGAAGCAGCUCUUCAAGUUGUACAGUGCGUAUACGGCUG